AUGUCUCUCCCCUCUCGCGAAACAGAAAUGAGGGCCUCGGCCGACGCGGCCUCCAACUUUGCAGACGCCUACUACGAAGCCCUCAACCGCCGCAAGCCCCAAGGCACCCUCAAAAACUUCUACACGACAACCUGCUCCAAAUACCCCUCUCCGCCCGACAUCUCCAUCAACGGCGCCGUCCUCCAGGGCGGGCCUGACGAGUACGUCUCCCUGCUCGACACCCAGGGCCAGGACGUACACUACGAGAUCGAGUCGCUCGACGCCCACGUGGUCAACAGCGACUUUUCCCUGGGUUGCCCCGAGCACCUGCAGAGGGGCGACGAGAAGGGCGCAAAAUGCAGCAUCAUGGCUCAGGUUACGGGGCGGGUCUACUACGGCCGGGGCCGCGACGCGCCCGCAAAGACGUUCAACGAGGUGUUUGUGCUGGUGCCGAAUUGGGAUACGUUUGGCAAGAACCCACCAAGGGGCGCGCGGCGGUGGUUAAUUAUGAGCCAGAACUUUCGCGCGCUGUGA